CUGUUUACGACUUAUCGUAAUGCGGGAAAUUUCCUCGUUCCUGCUCUCUUCCUUAGACGAAGUUCGUAUCUAAGAACAUCUCUCAGACCUCUGGAACAAAGAUGGCGUUGGAUUUGAGCGUAGCACGCCGACAACUUUCAGAGGCUCUUGGGGACUACUCUCAAACGUACUGGAACAACAUGAAGCUUUGGUAUAAACAAAAGAUUUCCAAAGAGGAUUUUGAUGCACAAGCAAAGAAAUGUCUUGGAAAUGAUAAUCUUCAUUUCCAUAAUGAAUUUCUUCUAGCCAUUUUGGCAAAAUGUCAAGCCCUUGGAUCUUCUCCAGCACCUCAUCCAAAAACUCCACAGAAGUUACCUCCCAAACCACAGCUGAUUAAGAAAGGAAAAAUAAAAAAGCAAAAGAAAGUAUUAAGAGCCAGUUUUGAGCAAAGAUUUGUUCCUUGUGACCCACUACAGAGUGCACCACAGCUGUCUCUUAAGGAGCUUUCAGAAGACAGCGAAAUUGGUCUUUGUUCAUAUGACAUGAUGUUACCAGACUCUGCCACCGUCUAUGGCAGAUUGUUUCUUGGUGCUUGGGAUGCUGGGUUGGAUAGUGUAGCAGAUGAAACAGUGAACCUUAUGCUUCACGCCACAGAGUAUCUAGUGAAAGAUAUAUUGACGGUUUGCUGCUCAAUGAGAAGUACAUUUAGACUCAGGGAUGGACAUUUUCGUUAUUCCAUGGGUGGGACCUACCCCAGAAUGCACCUUAGAAACAGUACCAGUCCCUGGCCACCAGGUGCUGAAAGAUCUUUAGGUUGUAUCAAUGGCACUGCCAGCAGUAGUAACAACAGUGGUAGAACGUUGGAGCAAGCCGAAGCUGAGGCGGCGGUCACAGUGGCUAGCAGUGAUAGUGCGGGUACAGCUAAACCUCCGAUUUCCCUAAUGGAUCUAAGGGAUGCUCUCCAGGUUCAUCGGAGAGUGAUUCCUUCGCACACUGUAUAUUCGGCAAACAUCGAGAGAACACUUGCAAACAUGUGUCACCCUGGUCAUGAUGAACUAGAACAGAAUCAAUUACACAAACUUGAGGCAAGACGAAGAUAUGAAAGACUGAGACAGCAGAGGAGCUUGAGAUUGUAACCAAACACCUUACUGUGACCAUCUGACUAAAAUUUUCAUGGGAAUCUCCUUAAAUAAUUUUCUUUAUCCAAGUCCAAAGAACUCAAUUCAAGGCUUAGGUGAUAGAAGUUCCUACGCUUUUUCGCUUACUGCUGAAGAAAUCAAAAUAUGGGCUCAAUCUUGUGGUUAUGCAGUUUUAAUACAACUGAGAUAACGACUCUCUUGGCUAUCUCUGGACACCUGUCGUGGUUUUUUGCUAUUUGCAUGUCAGCUGUUCAAUUCAGGUUUCAGAAAAGGAGAACAAAAGCUUUUAAUUAUAUUUCCUUGAAGUGAAGUAGUACUUAAUUGAGCAACAUCUCCCAAUUUAACAUAGCACACGCGAAAAGCGCCGAACGUGGUCGCAUCGGCUCGGUGCUUCAAUCUUCUUGUGUGACAAUAAUCUGUCACACAAUCCUCUCGCGUCUAGUAACAAAUAAACUGCCGAGGAAAGGGAUGUAGAUGGCUCGACGCAAAAAAAAUUAAAACUUGUCGUCUGAA